AUGCUGACUCUCGCUAGCACCGACUAUUCCCAAAAUACCCUCAACGCUGCGGCCACCGCCUCGACAGCAACAUUCGUCACUGCCUUUGCAACAAACGCUGCCGUUGCUGGUGCCCAACUUCUAGCAUGGAUCAUCAUCCGAGGAUGGGUCAAGGCAGUCUAUGAGCCUCGCACAUAUAUCCCGGCACGAGAAAAGCAGGCGGAGCCGUUGGGCAGAAACCUCAUCUUGCCCAUCUGGAAGAUCAUCAAAGCCGACCCGAAAGACAUUUUGAGAAAGAAUGGUGUCGACCCCUACCUCUUCCUUCGCUUUGUAGCGAUGCUCGCCAAGGCCCUCAUCCCCAUUUGGUUCGUGUCUUGGAUCGUACUCAUGCCCGUCAACUCGGCUCGCAUGAGUGGCAAGGACGGCUUGGACCAAUUCACUUUCGGAAAUGUUGCUAGGAACCAGCAGGAUCGCUACUGGGCUCACCUCGUCCUUAUCUAUGUCUUCAAUGCUUGGUGGUUCUAUCUUAUCUGGAAGGAGAUGGCACACUGGCUGGAGAUCCGUCAACAGUAUCUCGUCUCGCCGUCACAUUCAAAGCUCGCGCAGGCAAGCACCAUUUUGGUUACCGGCAUUCCUGAACACCUCAUGGAAGAGAGAGCGCUGGCCAAGCUGUUCUCUCAUCUUCCUGGCGGCGUCAGGCGAAUCUGGCUGGUCCGCAACCUCAAGGAUAUGCCGGACGUGUACGACCGCCGCGAGAAGGCGUGCAAGAUUCUCGAAUCUGCUCAAGUCGAGCUAAUGAAGAAGGCUUGCAUGCGUAAAAGGAAGCUUGCACGAGAAAUCAAGAAGGCGACAAGAAAGGGGCGGCCUAUUCCGGAGCACUGCACAGCACCAGCCAACCCACCCAACGAAGAUGGUACGCCCCUCUCUCUGGCGGACGAGCUCGUGCCACGGAAAGACCGACCGCUUCAUCGCCUCAAGCCGCACUGGGCGCCGUUUAGACUUGGUUUCUUUGGCAUCGGGGAAAAGGUUGACGCCAUCGAGUGGGCACAGAAGGAGAUUGUGGAGUGCACGGCUUUGCUCACCGAGGAGCGGCAGAAGCUCGCCAAGGACAUUGACACGCCCGGUUUCAGCAACGAGAACUACCCCGCACGCUCCUCAGCCUUUGUCCACUUCAACCAACAGAUUGCUGCGCACAUGGCUCAGCAAUGUCUGACCUACCAGCAGCCAUUCCGCAUGAACUACCGAUACAUCGAGCAGUCACCCGAGAACGUCAUAUGGGGCAACAUGAGACUCAACGCGUACGAAAUCAACGUUCGCCGGGCAAUCUCGUAUGCUAUCACGGGUGGCCUCAUCUUUGCUUGGGCUCCUCUGACUGCCCUCGUCGGUGGUCUUGCCAACGUUGUCACUCUCGUCGAGAAGUGGAAGUGGCUAUCAUGGCUCAUCGGCGACAGCUUCGGCAAGCAGCUUCUCCAGGGUAUCUUUACCGGUAUCAUUCCUCCAGUGCUUCUUGCCCUCCUCACGAUGAUCUUCCCAAUCGUUCUACGUCUUCUUUCCACGUUCCAGGGGACGGUUAGCAAGACCGAGGUUGAGCUUGACGUCAUGAACCGCUACUUCGUCUUCCUCGUCAUCCACGCUUUCCUGAUCACAACGCUUGCGUCCGGUCUCGUUGCUGCCAUCAAGCCGCUCAUGGAUAACCCGGCUUCAAUUGCGUCGAUUUUGGCCACCAACCUUCCGACAGCGUCUACCUUCUUCAUCACUCGUAUCCUCCUCCAAUUUACUGGUCUCAUCGGCAACCUCCUCCAGCCUGUCACUGUCGUUUUGUACUACGUUCGCGUUAUCCUCGGAGGCGGUACUCCCCGCAGGAUCUUCAACUCGCGCUAUCAGCUAGAGGAGCCCGAAUUUGGCACCGAGUACCCCAACGUCACCGUUUAUGCCAACAUCAUGAUCACGUAUAUGAUCAUUUCGCCCGUCAUCAACGGUUUCGGCGCCUGCUUCUGCAUGCUCGCCUACUUUGUGUACAAGUACCUGUACAUGUGGGUCAUGGACCUCCCGCCGUCGGCCGACACUGGCGGCCUGUUCUUCCCGAAGGCAAUCACUCAGAUCUUCAUUGGCUUCUACAUCCAGGAGGUUUGUCUUUGCGCGCUCUUCUUCCUCGCCCGCAAUGAGCAGAAUAAGGUCUCCGCGCUGCCACAAGCCAUUUUGAUGAUCAUCUUGAUUGUCCUUACGGCCGCUUUCAACUGGCUCAUUAAGACUAUGUACAACCCCUUGAAGGUCUCGCUUCCCCUUUCCAUGGCCGACCUGUCGUACGGCAUGCCAGACGCCGGGGAGGAGCUCAAGCGUGCAGAGUCUCGCGGCGAGAUUGUGCCCAAGCCGCCUGUCGAGGAGAAGCACCCCGAAAUCGAGGAUGUGCACUGGGACAACACGGCUCUCAAAUGGAACGAGGGAGCAAGCUCGGGCGACGAGGUCGAGCGCACCACCUCGGCGACCUCAGCAGGCGACUCUACGUCACCCUGCAAUCCGACGCCGGAGAAGAAGAUGUCAUACAGCGAUCCUACACCGGAGAAGAAGCCGUCGUACAGCGAGGAGGAUCCUCAUCCUCAUCCUCAGCCAUUCCCGCAGCAGCAUCCCGAGUCUUUCGAGCUUGCAGAGAUCGGCGACUCCAAGCGGCGGCUGAGUCGGACUCGCCGCAACUCGCGGAUCUCGCUGCGGCGCCGGAGCAGAGUGGAUGAGGACGAGGAACCUGAAGAGGACCCCGAGACGCAGUACUUUGCUCUUCCUGGUGGUCCAGGCGUCAUCAUUCACAGCGCAGAAGAGGCUGAUGAUCCGGGCGCGUUCUUCCACCCCGCCACGAAAGAUCCUCAGCCCCCCAUCUGGCUCCCUGUGGACGAGCUUGGGCUGGGUGCCGAACAAAAUGCGGCCAACCUCGCUUUGGGGGUGAGGUCAAGCACCAAGAACGCAACGAUGGGCUCGAAGGGUCAGGUCAAGAUCAUGGGCGUACCGCCUGAGUAG